ACUGACUGGCACUGAUAGGUGGCUCUGAUUGGCAUUCAUAGGUGGCACUGAUGGGUGGCACUGAAAGGCAGCUCAGAUGGGCACUGAUAUGUGGCACUGAUGUGCACUGAUAUGUGGCAUUGAUGUGCCACUGAUGGGCACUGGCAGGUGGCAUGGAUGAGCACUGAGAGCUGGCACUGAUGGACACUGACAGGUGGCACUGCUGGGGCUACUCUGAUCAUCAAGACACACUGAUCAUCAGUGCCCUGAUGAUCACUGUCAGCAUGAUAGCUCGUGUAACGGACCACCUGACAGCACCUCUAUCAGUCCCCUGGAGUACUGGAGCACUUGUUCACCAG